AUGAAUGGACGUCGUCUGUCUGACCGAGAGGAAGAUGACCAAUACGAUAGCGUUAUACUGAUUCAUCUACUCAAAUUAAAGAUUUUAGAGAGUCAGCCCCAUUCCUUCGAUCGCGAAGUGGGGAACUCCCAGCAGCAAUUCACAGAACAGAACAAUCUUAAAGAGUUAAAUAUUAUCGAAAGCCAAACCCAUUUGUUCGAUCGAGAAGAGGAGAACUUCCAGCAGCAAAUUGCAGAAUUGGGUCGAGAUUUGGUCGAGGCACAGCAACGACUGGAAACUGAGAGAGCGGCCAAUAAUGCCAACACGAAUGGCCAGGUUGAAGCCCAAACUCUGCGUGACCAGAUUUUCGGACUACAAUCUGAACUGCGCAAACAACAAGAAGGUGCGCAACAACACAUACAAGGCUUGGAACAAACUUUGGCCCAAUUGGAGGGUGAAAAGAGGACUAAUACGGAGCAUAUACAGCGACUAACACAGGCACUUGCGCAACUGGAGGCAGAGAAGAGAACUAGUAAUGAGCACAUCCAGCGCGCGGAGCAGGCACUCGCUCAGCUAGAAGGGGAGAAGCGGAAUAAUACUGAAGAGUUCCGGACUAAUCACGAGGAGUUGCAGAACAAUAUGGAGGAGCUCAGACACGACAACGAUGAAUUGCGGACUAAUAACGAAGAGCUGAAGGACAGUGUGGGACAAUUGCAGGAUCGGCUGAAUGAGGUGGAGAGUGAAAACGCGGAGUUGCAGCAGAUUGCCGACUCCAGUCAGGUGCAAUACAACGCUAAAGUACAGGAAGUCGAAGGUCUCCGUCAGCAAAUGCACAACACACAUGAAGAAAUGCGAAACAUACGCAACGCUGCACAAGACGCACAAACGAGAACCAACGACACAGGUAGGGGAUUGCUGAUAUAA